AUGCCGGCAUCACAAUCGCGACCAGUGUCGUUGACACGAUAUCGUCCUGCUCUGUACUUGCUCACCGGUGUUGCUGCAGCAUACGCUAUUGUAUAUAUCCACAAUAAUGUCCUGUUUCCGUCAGCGCCCCAAACACCCCUGCGCCGUCGACGAGCCGUCCGCCGGAGACGAAACGACCCCGAUGAAAGCGAUGUCUUUGGCACCCCCUCAUACCGAGCAAUCGCUCACCUGGAACAACUAGAGCGUCAGAAUGGAGUAUACGGGACCUUCCGCAUCGAGACGGAAGACGGGCGGCGCGUGGAGAGCGGCUUGCUUCCGUCGCUCCUGGCCACCCGUGACCAGUUGAUGGAAGAGGUCGGCGUUCCGCAGGCCCACGCGGAGCGAAUGCGCGAGAUGAUGGAGGAGACGUUUCUGGAGUCAUUUCUUGCGCUCGAUUUCCCGCCCACGCAUACGGUCGAAGAGGGCAGUGCAGAGAGGAAUUAUCUCAUGGAGCAGCUGCAGCGGCGGGGGAUAUCGCGGGUCGGGAUUGAACGGGCUUUGGCUCGGUUUAAUGAGGAUAUCAACUACGGUGAAGACUUGCGGCGGAGGCGUCAGAACGGGGAGCGGGUUACGCUGUCUACUUCUACGUUUCCCGAGGAAUCGACACCCCCGCAGAAUAUGGAUGGGGGUGAGACGGUGGUCGAUGACCAAAGCGUUUUCUCGUGGCGGGAAGGGAACAAUGAAACGUCUUCUGCGCAAGAGGGGCAGAAUCUGCUCAAUCUUCUCUAUCAUAUUGCCGAGGAUCAGGCGAGACGAGACGGCUAUAUUCAUCGCGGAGUGACGUGCAAUAGCUGCGGUGCUAUGCCUAUCCAAGGGAUCCGGUACCGGUGUGCAAACUGCAUUGAUUACGAUCUUUGUGAGACGUGUGAAGCGAUGCAGGUGCAUAUCAAGACCCAUUUGUUCUACAAGGUCCGCAUUCCGGCUCCCUUCCUUGGGAAUCCCCGGCAGUCACAACCGAUAUGGUAUCCCGGGAAGCCGGCUAUGCUGCCUAGGAGCUUGCCACGGUCAUUCGCUAAGCGCUUGAUGAAGGAGACCGGCUUUGAGAACACGGAAUUGGAUGCUCUCUGGGAUCAGUUCCGGUGUCUAGCCAGCUAUGAGUGGGCGGACGAUCCGAACAAGUUGUACAUGGCUAUCGAUCGCAAGACCUUUGAUCGGUGCUUUGUGCCUAGCACCUCUGUCCGUCCUCCACCGCCAUGUCUCAUCUACGACCGUAUGUUCUCAUUCUACGAUACAAACAAUGAUGGAUUGAUUGGGUUCGAGGAGUUCCUCAAGGGCCUUGCAAGCCUGAACAACAAGAGCAACGAUGAAAGACUGCGGCGCGUUUUCCGUGGCUAUGACAUUGAUGGAGAUGGCUAUGUGGAGCGCAAAGAUUUCUUGCGGAUCUUCCGCGCCUACUACGCUCUCAGCCGAGAGCUGACCAGAGACAUGGUCGCUGGGAUGGAAGACGACUUUCUUGAAGGAGGCGCGCGUGACGUUGUCCUUGGGAGCCAGCCUAUCAGCUCAGCAUUCCCUGGCAGUAUUCCGGCAGGUGAACCAUCCAGAUCCGGCGAAGGAAAGCGGUUGAAUGCAGAAGGAGAUAUGGUCAUCGCUGAUAACGAGGGCGUGCUGCGCCAAGAUGGGGCCGACACAGGUGAUCGACAUGCCGUUGUCGCUGAUGCGGCUGCCCGAAGCCACUUUCUCCGCGAAACUGGCACACCGAUGUCCAGUGACCCGACCAGGCACCAAGGGCCGCGUGAUAUAGAUUUCAAUGGCACCGGUCAUGGCGAGGAUGAAGAUGAUGCGAGCUCCGACGAAGACGCGUCUAGCUCUUCGAUUGUAUCAAACUCUUGGCCUGCUGCAGAACAUGUUCUCCCAGAAGAUGUCGUCAAUGCCCUUGGCGCUGCAGUUCCGUUUGAAGAGGUCACCGAUCCCGUUGAUAGAGCUCGUGUCAGUCAAGUAGCCUACUCGAGAAUGGGGAGCGAUUGGCGAAGACGUGAGCGAGAGGCACGCAGGCAAGGAAUUGAUGAGCGAUGGAGGCGCAGGGCAUUCUACACAGAUGUAGAGGAUGGUGCGACUACCCCCGAAGAUUACGAGAGUGAUCCGGAUGUCGAUGAUUUGUCUGAUGAGGACGGUGCUCUCGGUGGGCCUUCGGUGCUCGAUUCUCACCCCCCAUCUCCCCGCUCUCGAUCGUCAUCUAAGGUUCGAUUCGAGGAUGAUCUUACCGAGGACUAUGAUGUACGGUCCAACCCUUCCACCUCAUCCCGUAGUAUCCCCGUGGGCGAGCGCUGGGGUGGUUUCGAGAUCCCCGAGGUCGAGAGGGACGUGGGCAAAGAAAUUCUAUAUCAGGUCACGCAGCAGGGGUUCAAUGAGCUUCUCGAUAUCCUGUUCAAGCCGAAGGAGGACUUGCUCAUGGAAGCGUAUCGAACCCGCACCGAGCGCAAGAUCUGGGCUCGCGAGAUUGAGCUUGCAGAAAUGAUGGAUCCCAAGAAGCAGUCUGCUCAUGAGGGUGGACAGGAGUCGCGGUCAUUGACAGAUGAAUCACUUCAAGAGCUACUGGACCGAUCUGGAUACUCUCUGAGAAGUUCACAGGCGGAAUCAGUACAGCCUGGUCCUGUUUUGUCUCCGUCCCCUGUCUUGAGGAGUUUGGACGACGAUGUGCGACCUGACCAUCUUGCUGAUCCGGAGGAAGACGCUGAAUCAGUCGCCUCUGUUUCAGUGCAGGAAGAGUCUCUCGAUCUCCAAGAGAUAGAUGAGCCAUCGAGGCCCAUGACGCCGGAGCUCCAAAUCACGGGGGAAGCCAGCUCACCGGCCGAAACCCCAGACCACGAUCCCACACUGCCGCAGCAUCGCCCAAAUGAAGAAACUCCCCUUGAAGUACGCGGUCUCUCGUCUUCUGAACUGGACGAAUCUCUCUUCGUCCCCAUGUCUGUUCACUCGCAAUCUGACUUCCAACAGCAGCAGCAAACCCUCCCAGCCGGACUCCGCCUCCAGCCCAACGGCCAUACCUCAUUCCCCGCCCCCUCCUCAGUCGCAGCCUCCUCCCCAGACGCGGAAGCCACCGCGCCCAAAAUGCCCCCGUCUCCCAUCCAGCCUCUCCCACAGGCUGCGUCUUCCUCCGCCGCAUCCCUCCCGCGACGCCACGGCCCCACCCUCCCGCCGUCCACGCUGACGCUCUCGCGCUGGGCGUAUCUGAACCAGAUCGAGCGGGAAGCGAAAGAGCGCGGCGGGAACGGAGCUAAGCUCAGCUUCGAAGAGUUCUCGCGCCGGAUGGCUGCGGAUCGUGGCCGGCGAUUGGCGUUUAUUGCUAGCUGGAUUGAAAUGGCUAGUUUUUGA